GUUUUUCUCUCGCGAACGUGGAGAAGUUUCUGCUGGUCUCUCUUCACUCGAUCGACCAUGAUGUUGAGUGCUGUGACAAAAGCUGCCGCUGGGGCCUUAAGGGCCGUGAAACCCGCCCUUUUACAAAACGAAGUCGCGAAAGCCUCCGCAGCUUUUUCAGUGAACAACCGUAACUAUGCGAAGGCAACGAAAGUUGCCCAGGGUCGCGUCGUGGCAGUCAUCGGUGCCGUCGUUGAUGUCCAGUUCGACGAUGAACUUCCCCCCAUCCUCAAUGCCCUGGAGGUACAAAACCGCACCCCAAGGCUAGUCCUGGAAGUGGCUCAGCAUUUGGGAGAAAACACUGUGCGCACCAUCGCUAUGGACGGUACUGAAGGAAUUGUUCGUGGACAGGCCGUUUUGGACUCUGGAUUCCCGAUCCGAAUUCCAGUUGGUGCUGAAACCCUGGGCCGUAUCAUCAACGUCAUUGGUGAACCAAUCGAUGAACGUGGUCCCGUGCCAACUGACAAACUUGCCUCUAUUCACGCCGAUGCUCCCGAAUUCGUCGAGAUGUCUGUCGAGCAGGAAAUUCUUGUUACGGGCAUCAAAGUCGUCGAUCUGCUCGCUCCUUAUGCCAAGGGAGGAAAGAUUGGUCUUUUUGGUGGUGCCGGAGUCGGCAAAACUGUAUUGAUUAUGGAGCUGAUUAACAACGUGGCCAAGGCCCAUGGAGGUUACUCUGUGUUUGCCGGCGUGGGAGAGCGAACCCGCGAGGGUAACGAUCUCUACCAGGAGAUGAUUGAGUCCGGGGUAAUUUCCCUGAAGGACAAGACCUCGAAAGUGUCCCUCGUCUACGGACAGAUGAACGAGCCGCCCGGCGCUCGUGCCCGAGUCGCCCUGACUGGCUUGACCGUCGCCGAGUACUUCCGCGACCAGGAGGGUCAGGAUGUGCUGCUCUUUAUCGACAAUAUUUUCCGCUUCACCCAGGCCGGUUCCGAGGUGUCUGCCCUCUUGGGACGUAUCCCCUCGGCGGUGGGUUACCAGCCAACUCUGGCCACUGACAUGGGUACCAUGCAGGAGCGAAUCACAACAACGACCAAGGGAUCCAUCACUUCGGUGCAGGCCAUCUAUGUGCCAGCCGAUGACUUGACUGAUCCCGCUCCUGCUACCACCUUUGCCCAUUUGGACGCCACAACUGUAUUGUCUCGUGCCAUUGCCGAGCUGGGAAUUUACCCGGCCGUGGAUCCUCUCGAUUCCACCUCCCGUAUCAUGGACCCCAACAUCGUCGGUGCCGAGCACUACAACAUUGCCCGACGUGUGCAGAAGAUCCUGCAGGACUACAAGUCCCUCCAGGAUAUCAUCGCUAUCUUGGGUAUGGACGAGUUGUCCGAAGAAGACAAAUUGACCGUCGCGCGUGCGCGUAAAAUCCAGAGGUUCCUUUCUCAGCCAUUCCAGGUCGCUGAGGUCUUCACAGGCCACGCCGGCAAGCUUGUACCUCUCCAGGAAACCAUCAAGGGAUUCCAGAAGAUCCUUGCAGGAGAACUCGACCAUCUUCCCGAAGUCGCGUUCUACAUGGUCGGUCCGAUCGAAGAGGUCGCCCUGAAAGCAGAAACGCUGGCCAAACAGUAAACGAAACCCUCGAUAUUAAGUUUCUUUUUCUUAAGUCAAUCUUCGAACGAUCAACUCCUCAUUAAGCGUCUUCAUCAAAACAAAUAAAAACAGAACAUGCAGAGGAAGAAGCCUAGUCGAAUCUGCAAAGUGAACGUUGGUUUUCGUUCUGGAGAUCGAGAGAGAGAGAAAGAGAGAGGCGAUCCGACGCAAUGAUUCGAGAGAUCUUUUGAGAAGAUCGUAAAUCCGUCGAGGAUUUUUAUUGGAUCAUUGCAUCGGAUUUUAGAACACGAUGUUGAGAGACAGAUAAGCUUGCAAGAACGGAGCUGGGUGAUCGAGAAGUCGAUCUCUUCUGCUGCCAUUUGGAUUUUAAAGUUUGUUGGAAGAUAUUCUUUGCUUGAAAAUUGGGAAGAGAGAGAUGGAUUUGUUGCAACGCUUUUGUCUCCUGAUGUAGACACAUUCGAAGUUCCCGCUAAAAUGUCGCGACUCAAUGAACGGUGUUAUUAUUGGGCAACUCUGCGAGGCCAUGUUACGUAUUAGAAAAAAAAGAGUAAUAAAAAUUUACACAAAGAGA